CAUCCUGGUAUAUGACAACCAUCCAUUAUCAAUAGUAUUCUCAUUCCCCAUCCGCCGACUGAUCAGACAAAAUAAGUUUUUUGAGAUUUUUUGGGCAAGCCAGCGAACAGUGAGUAGACGGAAACCAUGGUUGUACACUCGCAAUUCCUUCUCUACCAGACGGAUCGUGAAAACUCAACACAAGCCGGAUCAACUGAGUUUUCGCACAGGUGUAGUUUCUCCAUCUCGACUUCUUACUCGCUCGCAGUUAUAUCCUUUUCAAAUAGCUCGAGCCGCUAGAAUAUUUUUCUUCUUCCGCGCAUGGCAAGAAGAAGGAAAAAAGAGUUUGCUUUCCAACGCUUCGCCAUUGUGCAUUCUGCUCCACCCCCCAAGAAAAGAAAAGGAAGCUGAGCCACAAGCCCAAGCCACAAGGAUGAUCGAAGGAAAGCCAGAAAAGCAUACUCCGAUGUGGGUUCCGUGACCUGGGGGGCUUUUCCAUGUCACAUCUUGGUCCGACCUACCUCUAGAGGGAGGGUAGAGUAUGACUUCGCCACGAACGCAACAGCAACCCCCAAAGAGAGAAUCAAAAGUCAUGCGCAAUGCGAGGAUUUCGCAAGACAGAUGUAGUAGGCUAACUAAAUGGCCUCUGGACUCGACGCUGGGUCUCCCUUGGAGUCUUGCGACCCAACCUACUUGACAAGUUGCACACAUACUUCGACGAGGGUGUUGCCUCGGAAGGUGAAACGAGGGCAGGAGUGAAACCCCCAGUCCAGCUGAGCGAGAUCGACUGGCAAGACUACCGUGUAAACGGAUAAUCCAUCGAGUCGCCAGGAAUUCCAAUUGCCACACUGGAAGAACUUUCUGACUUACUCGCCCAAAAAUGGAACUUGAGAUUCCCAGUGGUUGAUUCAGGAUUGUGCUUGUGCCGUGUCUCGCUGUGCGCCCGACUGUGCAUACACGAGCGUAAAAUGCUCCGCAACAAGACAUGGAAGCAUUCCAGAAAUCGAACAAUCGCAUAACUAAUCCCAAGAACCAUGAAUUAUAAACAUAACU